AUGGCGACCAACGGCAACUUCGCUCAUCAGGAGCAGUACAAGAGCCCUGCCGACCAGUAUCCUUCCGCCCCCGCCUCCGCCGAUGGCACCCCCAACGCUGCGGGAAACAGUAACCUCUCCAAGGAUGAGGUUGGCUGGUACUUUGUCGAGCAGUACUACACCACCCUGAGCAAGUCCCCAGAGAAGCUCCACCUCUUCUACGGCAAGCGUUCGCAGUUUGUUUACGGCCUCGAGGCCGAGGUUGCCAACGUGUCGGUUGGCCGUCAGGCCAUCCAAGAGCGCAUCAAGCAGCUCGACUUCCAGGACUGCAAGGUUCGCGUUUCCAACGUCGAUUCCCAGGCCACCUAUGACAACAUCGUCAUCCAAGUCAUUGGUGAGACGUCCAACAAAGCGGCCGAGCCCAAGAAGUUCGUCCAGACGUUCGUUCUCGCCCAGCAGCCCUCGGGCUACUUUGUACUCAACGACAUUCUGAGAUACAUCGACGAGGAGGGUGACGAGGACUCGGCCGACGCGGUUGCCGAUGCUCCCGUCGCCGACGAGCCUGUCACCAUGAUUCCCGCCGCCCCUGCCGCCGCUUCGGCCGAGGAGGUGCCCGCCCAGAAGGAGGCCCAGAAGAAGGUGACCGGCAAGCUAGAUGCCGACGCUGUGGACCAGAAACUUCAGGAAGCCAGCAAGAUGGAAGCGGCCGGCAUCAACGGACACAAGGUGGCGGAGGAGAAGCCUUCCGAGGGCGCCCCGUCCGUCGACGUGGACGCCACUGCCCAAGAACUCGCCGAUGAGGACGCCAAAGAACCCGAGAAGCCUCAGGACCCGACGCCGACGCCGGUCCUGAAGCCGGAGCCUGCUGCCGAGCCUGCCGCUGCUCCCUCCGAGCCUGCUGCGCCCCCUAAGCCUAUGACGUGGGCUAGCCGAGCCGCCGCCGCCGCCGGUCCUCGACCAGUCGUCCCUCUGCCAAAGACUGCCACCCCACCGGCCCUGAGCCAAAGUCGGGCCCCGGCCCCGGCCCCGGCCCCGACCCCUGCCGCCGCGGGAGCUCCGGUUCCUACUGCCACGUCGCAGAUCAGCGCCCCAGCCCCCGCCGCCGAAACGUCGGCCAAGGAGUCGUCCGGAUGGCAGACGGCCGGCGCCGAUUCGAAACGUCAGAACCGGCCGCAGUCCAUCUCGGGUAACGUCCCCGAGAAGGAGGGUACGAUGGGAUACGUCAAGUACGUGACGGAAAAGGUCCAGGAUGCAGAUCUCCGCGGUGCCCUCGCCGCCCAUGGCGAACUCACCUACUUCGACAUCAACCGCUCGAAGAACUGCGCCUUCGUCGAGUACAAGACCGUGGAGGGUUACCAGGCAGCCGUCUCGGCCAAUCCUCACACGGUCAAUGGCGAGAACAUCAUUGUUGAGCCUCGGCGCCCCAAAUCCACCGCCUAUGGCGGCAGCAACUACGGAUCUGUUCGAGGCAAUGCCUCGGGCCGCGGACGGGGCGGUUUCGACGGCAACCGCAACGGUGGGCAGGGCAACUCGCGCGGCAACUUCUCCGGUCAGAACCGCGGCCGUGGCGGUGCGCCUCGUGGUCGCGGAGGCUCACAGGUCAACAAUGCCUAG